AUGGGAGCAAUUGAUCUCUCCUUCUCACAGAGUCUCCUCUUCUCUCCGUCCCGUUCCAAUCCCCCCUCCUCCACUCACCGUUCCGUCUCAUUUGUGCCGCCGGUAAACAAGUCACGAAGUCUGCCGCCGUUGCGUGCAAUGAGCCACGAUGACGACGACGCGGCCUCAAAGGAGGUUAAGCUGUGGGGUGGAAGGUUCGAGGAGAGUGUCACAGAGAAGGUCGAGAAGUUCACUGAGUCAAUUUCCUUCGAUAAGGUUCUCUACAAGCAGGACAUCAUGGGAAGCAAAGCUCAUGCUACAAUGCUCGCUCACCAGGAGCUAAUAACUGAUAGCGAUAGAGAUAGCAUUUUGAGUGGUCUUGAUGUGAUCGAGAGACAGAUUGAAGCGGAUAAAUUUGAAUGGAGGACUGAUCGAGAGGAUGUGCACAUGAACAUUGAAGCUGCACUCACUGAUCUAAUCGGCGAGCCUGCGAAGAAACUCCACACAGCACGGAGCAGAAAUGACCAAGUCGCUACUGAUUUCAGGCUUUGGUGUCGUGAUGCGAUCGAUUCGAUCAUCGUCAAAAUCAAAUACCUUCAGACGUCACUUGUUGCAUUGGCUUUGAAGAAUGAGGCUUUGAUUGUUCCUGGCUAUACUCAUCUCCAAAGAGCUCAGCCUGUUUUACUCCCACAUGUUCUCUUAACCUUUGUAGAGCAGCUUGAACGUGAUGCUGGUCGUUAUGUUGACUGUCGAGAGAGGCUAAAUGUCUGUCCCCUAGGAGCUUGUGCUUUGGCUGGAACCGGUCUACCUAUUGAUAGGUUUAUGACUGCAAAUGCUCUUGGAUUCACCGAACCAAUGAGAAACAGCAUUGAUGCAGUUUCAGACAGAGAUUUCGUGUUGGAGUUCCUGUAUGCGAACUCCAACACAGCCAUUCAUCUAUCACGGCUUGGAGAAGAGUGGGUACUGUGGGCGUCUGAGGAGUUUGGUUUCAUGACACCAAGCGACUCCGUCUCAACCGGAAGCAGUAUAAUGCCACAGAAGAAGAAUCCAGACCCGAUGGAGCUUGUGAGAGGAAAAUCCGCCAGAGUUAUAGGCGAUCUGGUCACCGUCCUAACCUUGUGCAAGGGGCUUCCUCUUGCUUACAACCGAGAUUUCCAAGAAGAUAAAGAACCCAUGUUCGAUAGCACCAAGACGAUAAUGGGAAUGAUCGAUGUUUCUGCGGAGUUUGCCCAGAAUGUCACAUUCAACCAAGACAGGAUUAAGAAAAGUCUCCCUGCAGGACACCUUGAUGCCACUACUCUCGCCGAUUACCUUGUCAAGAAGGGGAUGCCUUUUAGGUCAUCGCAUGACGUAGUAGGGAAACUAGUUGGAGUUUGUGUCGCAAGAGGAUGUGAACUUCAGAACCUGAGUCUUGAAGAGAUGAAGAAGCUGAGUCCUGUGUUUGAAGAAGAUGUGUUUGGGUUUUUGGGAGUUGAAAAUUCAGUUAAUAAGUUCAGUUCCUACGGGUCAACUGGAUCGAACUGUGUUGCUGAGCAACUCGGCUACUGGGUCAACAAGCUAAACAUGACAACCACCUGA